UGUGUCUCUCUCGAUUGUUCAUUUGAAUUGAAAAAUCAAUUUCUCGCUUAACCGCCCAACCUGGUUUCAAUCAAUCAAAUUGGGGUCCCAUUUCUCCUCAUUGAGAUCUCAAAAUCACUAACACGAUCAAAUGAAGUUGAAGAUCAACAAAGCUUGCGAUCUCAGCUCCAUUUCGGUGCUUCCUCCGCAAUCAAGGAGAUCGAGCUCUAUACCAGUUGGACCACAACAAGCAUCACAGCUUCGAUCACAACAAUCACAACAGUCAUUUUCACAGGGAUUUUCAUCUCAGCAUGGCAUAUUUUCUCAGAUCUCUCAGACUUCUCUUGAUGAAGCUCUGACAAUUGAUCAGAGAUUCAGUUCUCAGGAGCAAGAGAACUCCGUGAAGAAACCGUCUUGCUUACCAGUAAUUAGCUAUAAACGUGAAGAGAAUCAAUUGCCAGUCUCUAGAUCUUCUUCCAAUCUAGUGCGCAAAUGGAGUGCUGCUCGUGUUCCAGAUCAUAAAUGUCGGAUAAAUGAAGAACUUCAGCACCGGAUCGGAAUGAUGGAAACUUCUUUAACCAAGUUUGGAAUGAUCUUGGAUUCUGUUCAGAGUGAUGUCAUGCAAGUAAAGAAAGGAAUAAAAGAAGCAUCACUGGAGACGGAAGGCAUGCGUCAGAAGUUGAUUGUCCUCGACACUUCGCUGCAGCUAAUGAAUAAGGGACAAGAAGAUGUCAAAUUCAGCCUUGAGGGGAGCCUGAAAUCUGUAUCAGAACAACUAAGCAAGGAUAGAUAUCAAGAUAAGCUGCAGCAGAUUUUCUCGGCACUUUCUACCUUACCAAAGCAGACGGAAACAUUUCUGUACAAACUACAGAAUGAGCUGUGCACAACCUUCAAAAAAGAAAUCCAGGAGAUGGCUUGCAGCCUGAAGACCCCCCUCAACCAAAAAUGUCCAUCAAUCACUGUACUUUCUCCAAAGGUUACUAGCCAUCAUGUUACUCCACAGAGAAAGCCAGAGCCAGUGAAGAAUCCGACUUUGCUUCCAAAGGUUGCUGGGCAAGCAGAAACAGUUCCGAUGGUGGAAAUGGGAGGUUGGAAGUCUGUAAAGGUGAAACAACACACAUUUACACAAGCGGCAUCCCUCAGGGAGCAGAAACGCACCAGAGUUUCUUCAGAUCAACAGGAAGAACAAAGUAGAGUUAUUAUCGAUUCAGAUGAGGAGAUUGAUGGAGGUUUUUCUUGCUUGCUCGAUGUUAAAGAAACAGGCAUCAGAAACCCCAUAAUCGGUGAAUCAAAGGAAGACACUGCAAGGAUUUUGCGGAAAGCUAGGAGGCAAAAGAGAAAAUACUGUAAUCCUAUCAUUAUUAAUUGAAGGUACCCUUGCGCUUUAGUAUUUGCUUCAUUCUUUUUUCUUUUGAAAUAUUCUAUGUACACACUCGUCCAAUUGUUGCUGAUCUUAAGUUUCAUUGUUAAUUAAAA